AUGCCUACCGCCACGAACAACGGUAGUUUUAAAAAAGUGAGCUUACCGAUCGUAUCAUUUUGCAAUACGAAUAUUAACAGGCUUUUGCAGGUUAUUGUCGUAGGAGCUGGACCGGCUGGGCUUCUCCUGUCACUCUUACUCUCCAAGAAGGGCAUUUCAACCCAAGUUUUAGAUGGAGCUGAGAAGCUUGAUAGUCAGCCACGAGCAACUCAUUACGCUCCACCGGCUGUUGUCGAAUUGGCGCGGGCUGGGGUUUUAGAAGACGUGCGAGCGGAAGGAUUUAUCUCGCGCACCAUAUGCUGGCGAAAGCUAGAUGGCGAAUACCUUGCUGGCCUUGAUGGUGGUGUCCUUGACGGCGCACCGGAUCAACUCACAUGCCUUCCUCUUGAUAAGCUUGGUAGCAUUUUGUACAAGCAUCUAAAGCUACAGCCCAACGCGGAGGUGCUCUGGCAGCACAAAGUAACCUCUCUGGGCCAAUCCGAGGACAAGGCAUGGGUGGAAGUUGAGACUCCAACGGGCACGAAGAGAUUGGAAGCAGAUUACAUCGUUGGCUGCGAUGGUGCGGCGAGUCAGGUUAGGAGAUCUUUAUUCGGAGACCUUAACUUUCCCGGCAAGACGUGGGAUGAGCAGAUAGUUGCCACUAAUACAUACUACGAUUUCGGGAAAUACGGCUACAAAGACGCCAACUUCAUUAUACACCCAGAGCACUGGCACAUGGCUGCGCGCAUCACUGAGGACGGACUCUGGAGAGUGACUUAUGGAGAAAUACCUGGUCUUUCGCGAGAAGAAAUCCUGGCGCGACAGCCAGAGAAAUUCAAGCAGAUCUUACCAGGUCAUCCAGGACCAGACGGGUACAAGCUGGCAAGUAUCAAUCCCUAUAAAGUUCACCAACGCCUGGCCGAGAAGAUGCGGGUUGGGCGCUUCCUUCUUGCUGCAGAUGCCGCUCAUUUAUGUAAUCCAUUCGGUGGCCUUGGCCUGACUGGCGGUAUAGUAGACGUAGGAGGUCUGUACGAUUGCCUCGCUGGAAUGUAUGAUGGUAAGGCAGAUGAUUCAAUCUUGGACAAGUACAGUGAGGUCCGCAGAGAAAAGUAUCAGACCAUGGUCGAUCCAAUUUCGAGCGAGAAUCUGCGACGUCUCUUCGACCAAAAUCCUGAUACUGCUCUCGAAACCGACGAGUUCCUGAAAAUGUGCAAACGCACCGAGACUGAUAUUGAAUUUGCGAAAACGAUGCAGCUUGGUGUUAACAAUCUGAAGUACGACUUUACGAAGGACUAUAAGGUUGUCGCAACGGUUCCUUGA